CUCGGCCCUGCUCCUCCGUCUGCUCUGCUCCUUCAAAUCAACAAGCGACGAAGAAGCGAAGGGGAGAGGCUCCCUUCUCCAGCCGACUCGCUCUCUUUUUCUCUCCUGGGAGGAGGGGGGACGCAACUGGUAUUUUUUUUUUUUACCUCCCCCUUUUUGUUUCUCCCCCCCUGUCAGGCGGUUAGUGCUCAGCGGGAGACGACAUUUAGAUGAGAAGAAACGAGCGGAUAAUAGGAAUGGAUGCACCAAGUGAGCGGUUCUCGCCUUGACACUGGCGCUAAUGUGGACGUGGUCCAGAGCAGCAGGUGUACUGAAGGUUAAAACAGACCAAAGCCAAUCUCAGUGUUCAUGAAACUUUGCUACGAUUUACGUGCUGGGGUUGCCAUCCGCCAUGUUAAGGUAAAGCCCAGGUGCGCGGUGUUGACCAUGCUAAAGCGCCUGGACAAGAUCCGAUUCCGGGGUCCCAGGACAAGAGACGAUUUCCCAGAUCUGGCGGAGUCGCCACCCGCCUCUGACAACGAAUGUAGCGAUGACAUGCAGCUGAAGCCUAGGGCAGCUUUUCGAGAAACAGAGGACCUCCUGAGAGACCCUGCAGGUUCAGGGUCUCCCACCAUGGCUGCGGCCAUCCAGGAGUUCCAGAGGUCGGAGUCAGACCGAUUAAAUGAAGUCAAAGGUCACCUGGAAAUUGCCUUAUUGGAGAAACAUUUCCUGCAGGAGGAGCUGAGGAAGCUUCGAGAAGAGACCAAUGUGGACUCCUUGCGACAGGAGCUGGAGAGGGAACGAAGCAAGAGGAUAGACCUGGAGCAGAAGAUGAACGAGGUGCUCAAGACCAGGCUGGAGGACUCUCCACCACAGCCUCCCCGAAAGCAGCAGUCACCCUCCAGCAAUGGAACAGCAGACAAACAGCAGAAGGAGGUGUGGAGUUCGCGGCUGCAGAAGUGGCUGUACGAGCGCUUUGGGGUUUACAUUGAGGACUUCCGAUUCCAGCCGGAGGAAAGCACUGUGGAGACGGAGGAGCCGCUAAGUGCAAAAAGGUUGACAGAAAAUAUGAGGCGACUCAAGCGAGGAGCCAGACCUGUCACCAACUUCUUAAGGAAUCUCUCCGCCUUAUCGAAUUGGCACUCCGUCUACACCUCAGCUAUUGCCUUCAUUAUCUAUAUGAAUGCUGCUUGGCACGGCUGGGCCAUUCCCAUGUUCCUCUUCCUGGCUAUCCUGCGCUUGUCCUUAAAUUACCUCAUUGCCAGAGGUUGGAGGAUCCAGUGGAGCAUCGUGCCUGAAGUCUCUGAACCCAUGGAGCCUCCAAAGGAAGACUUGACUGUGUCUGAAAAGUUUCAACUUGUACUUGAUGUUGCACAAAAAGCGCAGAACCUUUUUGGUAAGAUGUCGGAUGUUUUGGAGAAGAUAAAGAAUCUGUUCAUGUGGGUGCAGCCAGAGAGCACUCGGAAACUUUACAUCUGCCUGUGGGUGGCUUUCAUCUCCUCCUGUGUCCUGCCAUACAAACUGAUGGGUUUCAUGAUAGGCCUGUAUGCUGGCAUCAAGUUCUUCAUCAUAGAUUUCGUCUUUAAGAGCUGUCCGAAGCUGCGCGACAAGUACGACACGCCUUUCAUCGUGUGGAACAGCCUUCCCACCGACCCACAGCUUAAAGAGAGGACCAAUGCUACAGUGUCGCGGCGGGUUCAGCCAGUGGUCUCUCGCAGCAGCCUCUCCACGGUGCCGUGUGGGGUGAGCCGAGACGAGGAGACCGGUCGCUCCCACAGCACCAAGAAGGGAGCCUUUCAUGAGAUUUUCAACCUGUCGGAGUCAGAGCGCCCUCUGGCGGUGUGUGAGAAUGGCUGGAGGUGUUGCCUGAUAAACAGAGACAGGAAGAUGCCCACAGACUACAUCAGGAACGGAGUGCUUUACGUCACAGAGAAUUACCUCUGCUUUGAAAGCUCCAGCUCCAGAUCCAGUUCCUCCAAAAAGAAUAAAGUUAUCAAGCUGGUGGACAUCACUGACAUACAAAAGUACAAAGUGCUGUCAGUUCUCCCAGGAAGUGGGAUGGGCAUCUCCAUAGCCACUCCCUCCACUCAGAAGCCAUUGGUGUUUGGUGCCAUGAUCCACAGAGACGAGGCUUUCGAGGCCAUCUUCACACAGUACAUGAAGAUCCUGACGUCCACCACCAAACCAGCAGCCAGCGCAGAGCCGUAAGACAUUCUGCUGCCCCCGCCCCCCUCCCCCGCAGUUCUGCUCCGCUCUGCACUGCGGCUGAAGUCUUGAGAGCCUCCUGACUUUCUACUGGACUGGAAGACACAACAAAGUUUGGCAGACCACACCCCUCUGCUCGGCGAGCACCUGCUCCUCCUCCUCCUGAUCGGUGGCCUCCCCCACCGUCUUUGCCGCGCCUUCGGGGGAAAUAAGGGUGAAGUCUGGCAAACGUGUGUUGGGUCAACGGACAGCAUUUGUGUUGCAGGAGCGAGGAGCUGAAAGUGUGGUUUGAAUCCAUCAGCAGAAGGCUGGCGAGGGGGCUGGAUCCCCCACCACGUGACUGAUCACCUGAUUGGAUGACUGGUGUCUGACUUACAUGUUUCAGUGUUUGCAUGUUUGAGCGUAUGUGUGUGUGUGUGUGUAUGUUUGCGUGUGUGUGUGUGUGUGUCUUUUGCUAUAAAAGGAAGAUUUUAAAUAUGUCGUGAAACAAAUAGGAGACAAACAAAUAACCGUUAUAACUGCCAGGUAUCUAUCAUAUAUUCGAGUUCAGCUUCAUGAAUGAGAGUAAAAAAAACAAACCACUGAGGAAAUAUUUAGAUGUGAAACUAACAGAUUUUUAUUUUUUAUUUUUUUUUGCCCAACAAAAAUCUAAGCGUGAGUGGUCAGUGAUCGUGUCUUUUUUUUUUUUUUUUAAACGUGUAUUAGCUGUGACAAAGUCAGAUGACAGAUGUUUUGUCUGACAGAGAGCCUUUCUGUAAGUUGACAUUGCUGCUGUCUUCACUUGUGGAUCCUCUCGCCUCCUCCUCGCUCUACGUUCUAGACACAUUUCAGCAGCUACAGUAUACGUCGAGUCAUCAGUGUCUAACCAACAAACGGAAAAACGCGCGCUGCAUUCAGUAUCUGCUUUUGUGUUUAUUGUGUGUACAUGUGUGAGACUUGGUAGUGAGCAGCUUCUUUUUUUAUUAUUUUUGUUGUUCUGGUCUGUGUAACAAACGGCCUUCGGGUUAACACGUCUGUCCCGAAGCUGCCGAUUGUGUCCGAGAUGAGAGAGCACAACACUGACUGCCAUUUAGAGUCGUGACAGCGGAGGAUGCAGCCUCCCAUGUCUCAUGUUCCUUUUCCAAGGCACAAUCUGUACAUAUAUUCACCGGUAUUCUCCCUGCACUUUAUUACACUGUUAACUGGAACCUCUGACAUUAGUCGGUCACCACAUCAGCUGGAAACUGACAGUGUUUGCAGAUAUGUCUCGGUGUAUUUCUGUAAUGUCUGACUGCUCAGGUCUUAGCCUGCUGCCACCAGUGCAGCGCAACAUGAACACACUUGUAUUAACACUGGACUGAUUGUUCUACCACAGGCGAGGAUGAUUACUGAGUCAGGCGACCUUCACACUGAACGUAAAAGAAGGUACUUGAGAAUGAAGCCACUGGCCGAUAGUGAGGUAUUUUUCAAGUAGAAAUCGAAAAUCUUAUCGUCCACAGCAGAAAUAUCUAUUUAAGGUUACAUAAACAGUCACAUACUCUGGAUUCAUUUUUGUUAUUAGUUCAUUUUGUUUGUUCUCAGUUCUGCUUCUAUGGGUGGAGACAGUCACCCGGGUCACGUCUCCCACUGGUUCCACAUCUUUUGUUUAAUGGGUAGGUUCAUGUGUGGACUGGACAGGAUAUUUCGACGUCACUUUAUUUUCAGAUGCCGUUUGCAAGAAUGAAGCUGGUCUUUGAUCAUUGCAGAAUGGUAGCAUGUGUAGAAAUGUAAUGCCAAACGCGACAUCAGACACUUUACUGUGUUUGCAGAGAUGAACGCAGAUAGAAUCCAGACAGACAGUAGAAUAGCUAUUCCACACUCCUAUUUUAUUCUAUGUUCUGAAUGUCCAGCAGCACAAGCUUCGGUUUCUUUGUAGAGUUCUUAUAAAACACGGUUCAAAGAAAGAUCUUGACAUUUAAAUGUUCUGGGGAUUUAAAGUCACUGAACACUUUUUUUCUUUUUUUUUUUUCUAAGUAUAACAACCCUUUAUCACACUUGUCACAACUUCUCAAGAAAAGCGGGAGGAUUAUCUUCUGUCAUCCGCCAUUAGACUGAAAUGUCAACGGUUUCUCUUUAAAUCCACACAAACGAUCUCGUCGUCAUUUUCAAUUAGAAUCAACUGGAAUGGAUAUGAAGUUGCCAGAGACGUAAUGGACCAGUCCUUUGACGUGCAUGCGUUUAUGCUUUGGCCUGAUAUUUCAAAGGCCGCCCUCGUACAGAUGUGAACAUCUAUUUUAGUUCAGGCAUACGUUUGAUCAUGACCCCAUUAGAGAAGGUGAAAUCAGUAGAGUGACAGAACACUGUGUGAUUCGAUGGCUCGUUGAAGUCUUAAAGCUAUUACCUGAAGCGUUUUCUAAUGUUAGCUCUGAAAAUCAGCUCUCUGGGUUUUGCAGGUUGCACUCAGAUAAAGCACAGAAUGUAUCAUGUUUUUUUUCCUUUUUUGCCAAAUUUUAAGAUUUCUGUCUGCCAUAUUCUGCCUACACUCGUGUUUACAGAUGGUUGUAAAUAUUUUUCUCUGUUUGUCUGUUUUGGUUUGUUUGUUUCUUCUUUUGUUUUUAUUUUAUUUUUUUAAUUUUCGAAACCAGUUUGAAUUCCUUUUGAUUUUGGAGUUAUGAAAACUGGUUUGCGUUUUAAAUUGAAAUGUCUCCGCUCUCACUGACUCUGCACCACCGGACUAUCUCUGCUCGUCCUUUAACGACACAAACUUCAAAUCCUCAUCACAUAGUUGCAGUAUUUUAAACCACAGGCACAUACAUUCUCAUAUCCAACACCAGUACUUAGGUUUGCAGGCUCCACACAGAGUAGAGAUGGUCUCGAUGGACUGAAAGGGCAACAACACGUUGACAGUGGCAUUUUUCCUCUUUGUCCGCCGUGAUUUCAUGCACCUUGUUGACGAUUGCAGAGUUGAUGCGGAAAUAAAACUGAAAGUUGGA